AACUAUCAUACUUUUUACUGGUAUUAGAAAAUAAGUUCAGAAAAUUCAAAUAAAACAAGUCCAUAUAAAUAAGGGUAUAAGACCACAUAAUUUAAGACAUACUCAAAAAUAAGGGUAUACGAUUUGUAGUGGUUGUGCUCCAAUUAAGACAAGUUCAUCCGGCUUGUGAUAGAUUGAUAGAUUGAUUGUGUUUCUUGUAAUUCCUAAAUGCACACGAGCUAUUUUAAGCCUCGAGGAACUAAAGCAGGUUAUAAAUCAACUAUAGUAGAUUGGCUAAGUUAUCAUAACCACAGUGCAUGGUAACUACAUUCUACGAUUUGUACAUAGUGAUUCAGGUAAUAACUUUUUACCGGAUUACAAAGGUAAAAUAGAGGAAAGUGUAUCUAGUUUUACCAUCUUAACCUCAUUUUUUUUAGCUAUAACAUUCGGGGUUCCCCUUUAAAAAUUAAUCUCAUACCUCUUGCUAUGUUUUCCCGCUUGCUUUCUCUCUCCCGGGCCAUAUGCACGUACAAAUAUUCACUUAAAUAAUUACGAUUGUGUACUUGUGUUAUACAUCUAAUAAUAAGAAGUGUAAAAGUGGGAGAAAGCAACCAACAAAUGGUAGGGUCCAAAAAAAAAAAAAAAAAAAAAAAAAAAAAAAAAAAAAAAAAAAAAAAAAAAAAAAAAAAGGGAUGUUGCAAUAGCAAGAAAAGGCGGGAAAUGAUGAUUUUACCAGCAACGACCAACCAACUUCAACAUCAUAACAGAAGGGGUGUAAGGUGUAACUUAAACUACACGAGACUAAAACAUUCCAACAUUCUUGUCUUUGAUCAUCUCUCACUUUUCACUUCCUUAUCUUCUCAAUAUUCAUCAUUCUCUGUGUAAUAGUAUGAUCGCGCUUGCUUCCAACUUAAAUGAAUCUUUCUGCUAGUUAUUUUCCAUUAAAAAUGACCAAUUUGAGAUCUCAAAGUUUCCUAAUAAUGUCAUACUUAUUGUUGAUUUUAUGUCUAAUUAUAUUUGAGCAAAAGAGCGUUUGUUUAGUAAAUGCUGCUCCUGAAGCCGGUGUUAAACAAGCGAAUAUGGGCAUUCCAGAUGCAAGAUCACAAUUUUGCAGCAUUGAUUUAGCAAACUUUCUUCCUCCUCCAUAUGGGAACCUUUCCUAUAGCAACUGUCACCCUGUUUGGGAAACUUAUGUUUUGAGGUAUUACCAAAGCAAGGAUCACACUGUAACCAUAGUAUUAUCAGCACUAUACACGACAGGAUGGGUAGGCAUUGGGUUCUCGAAAGAUGGGUUGAUGGUGGGUGGCAGCGCCAUGGUAGGGUGGAUCAGCAAAAGUGGGCACGCGAAGAUCAAACAGUAUUAUUUAAAAGGUCGGAAGGCUCAUGAGGUUCUUCCCGGACAAGGGGACCUUAAUCUGACAAGCAUUCCUCCUGUUGUGGUACUAGAUGGAGCUAAUCUUUACAUGGGUUUCCAGCUUCAGUUUAAUGCUCCUCUCCAACAGCAGCCAACUCUGCUAGCUUAUGGAAGCAGGAUUCCCCUAAAUCAUAAACUCACAGUGCACGAUGAUAAGACCACCAUACACAUUGAUUACUCAACUGGUGUUGCUGCUGCUACAAGUGGGGCCGGGGGUCUCGACAAGAUGAAAAGAAGCCAUGGAAUUCUGGGGAUUAUUGGCUGGGGACUUAUUCUUCCUUGUGGGGCUAUGAUUGCCAGGUUUCUCAAGCACAAAGAACCUCUGUGGUUUUAUCUGCACACUAUUAUUCAGAUUGUAGGGUUUCUCAUCGUGUUGGCGGGAGUUGUGGUCGGUCAAGCACUUAAUAAUCAGAUACAUGCAGAUGUUGCUGCUCACAGAGGCAUUGGAUAUUUUGCCCUCACACUUAGCAUUAUCCAGGUGCUGGCAUUUUUCAUCAGGCCAGAUAAGGAGUCAAAGAUACGUAGGCUUUGGGCCGCAUACCAUCAAUGGUUUGGAGUAAUUACACUCUUCUUUGGGGCUCUAAAUAUUGUUCUCGGGUUCCAAGUUGGGGCUGCUGGUUCUGAAUGGAAGAUAGGAUAUGGAUUUCUACUAGGUAUCAUUUUGGUUACUGCAAUUGUUUUGCAGGUUCUAUCCAAGCUCAGAAGCUCAGAGAAGCCAGAACAACCUAUUUCUGCGUAUCAAAUGAGUUAAUUUCACAAAAAGAUUUCUGUUUUAGUUUUGAAGGGGCGUUUCCUACACACCUGAGCAUUUGCAUCAGCCUCUAGCUAGACUACGCUCACAAUUUUGGUUUUUUUUUAAGAUUACAUUGUCAGAAUUUUGUUACUAGGAUGACAGGAAAAAAAAAACUGAAGUGGUUGUGUAAAUAUCAUAUCACUAAUAUGUUAUUAAGAGUUUAAUUCGAAAAAAACGAAAGAUGAAACAGGGGUGUUAACAGGCACACCAAACAUCUAUUAUGAA